AUGAGCGAAUCAGUGCCAACAGAUCUUCAAUCGUGCGUCAAAGACGAACGUCUUGUUGACAAAGAGAAACAAAGGGAAAUUGAUUUGAAGGAAUUUCCGGCUACUGCAAAUGGUGUUAUAGAUGCCUAUCCGGGAUUAAAUAGUCAAGACCUUCAAAAUGUUAUCUUACUUAUUGUCCUUUAUUUGCUCCAAGGAAUUCCUGUUGGUUUAGCAUUCGGUUCUAUACCUUUCCUCCUUAAGUCCAAAUUGUCAUAUUCGCAAAUAGGAAUUUUUUCUCUAGCUACAUAUCCUUAUUCACUUAAAUUACUAUGGUCUCCAAUUGUGGAUGCUUUAUAUUCAAAAAGUGUCGGACGCAGAAAAAGUUGGAUAAUACCUAUUCAAUUAUUGACAGGAAGUUUAUUUUUUUGGCUCGGGAAUAACAUAGAUCAAAUACUCGAGGAGAAGCCAGAUAUCUAUUCCUUGACUCUAUUGUUUUUCACGUUAAUAUUUCUUUGCGCGACACAAGAUAUCGCAGUUGAUGGGUGGGCUUUGACUUUACUAUCCAAAAAUAGUUUGUCUUAUGCAUCCUCUGCACAAACUAUCGGGUUGAAUACUGGAUAUUUUUUAUCUUUUACUGUUUUUCUUGCAUUCAAUUCCGUAGAAUUCAGCAAUAAGUAUUUUAGAAGAGAGCCGCAUGAUGAAAGUCUUUUGACGCUUGGGUCAUACCUAUCUUUUUGGUCCGUAGCUUAUUUUGCAGUGACAUUCUGGUUAAUAUUUGUUAAGAAAGAGGAUUCCUCGCAUCCCGACGAUGAGAUGGAUAUUACAACUGUUUAUAAAACGAUAUGGAAUAUCUGUAAAAUGCCCCAUUUGCGCAAGUUUAUUGCAGUGCUUUUAGUGGCAAAAAUUGGUUUCAUAGCAAAUGAAACCGUCACUGGGCUUAAGCUACUGGAGAAGGGAUUUAGCAAAGAAGACUUGGCUUUGGCUGUUUUGAUAGAUUUCCCCUUUCAAAUUAUGGUCGGAUACUAUGCAGCUAAAUGGAGUAAUGGUAGUGAGCCUCUGAAACCGUGGAUAUACGCUUUUUACGGGAGACUCAUUUUCGCCAUUGUUGGCAUGCUGGUCGUUCUUAUGUAUCCUAAUAAUAAUGAGAUAUCCCUUGGCUUCUUUUUCUUUGUGAUUUUUAGUACCGUAAUGAGUUCUUUUAUGAGCACGGUUCAAUUUGUCAGCAUUUCAGCAUUCAUGGCAUUAAUUGCCGAUCCUACGAUUGGUGGAACAUAUAUGACUCUUUUAGCGACAUUUAGCAAUCUGGGUGGUACAUGGCCUCGCUUUUUUGUCUUGGAAGCAGUGGAUUAUUUUACUGAAGCUGUAUGCUAUAAUAAAACGAACCCGGCAAAUUUCGUUAAUUGCGUUACUGAAGAGGAAAAGGCCGAUUGUAAGUCAAGUGGUGGUACUUGUAUUGUUAGUCAAGAUGGAUAUUUUUUUGUUUCCAAUCUGUGCGUUUGUGUUGGUUUCUUCUUGUUGGUCGUAUUCAUUUUACCUCAUGUCAAGCAUCUACAGU